CAAGGCCUACAGUAGACUUAAAGGAUCCAAGAGCAAAGCCAACAUCCAGAUAUGCAUGGGCUUCAGGGCACUCCUCUGGGCGUGUUACGGCAGGGCAGGAGAUGUGGGCGAUGUGGAGAACUGGUGAAUGAGUCCCAAGAACACAGUUCUCUGGCGAGAUGUCAGUGUUACGCCCCACUCACUGAGUCUGUUGGUCGUGUGGGUGAGAAGGGGGAUGAGAGAUUUACUAAACCCCACUGGACAGCUGGACGUUUGGGAGAUAUUGAUUUUACCAGUGCCAGUCGGACAAGAGGCAAGUUUGUCAGGGUGCCCGGCUCCACAGAUCCAGCUGAAAUCUAUGAGAUUUUGACCAAGAAGUGGGGUCUUGCUCCUCCUCAUCUGGUGGUGGCACUAGUGGGAGGUGAUGAGCUGGCUCAGAUGAAGCCCUGGCUGAGGGACACAGUUAGGAAAGGCCUUGUGAGGGCCGCACAGAGCACAGGUGCGUGGAUCCUCACCAGUGGUUUGCGUUUUGGCAUCACCAAGCACCUGGGUCAGGCUGUAAGGGACCACUCACUUGCUAGUACUUCCUCCAAAGUGCGAGUGGUGGCCAUUGGUGUUGCACCCUGGCACAUGAUUCAGAACAGGGAACUGCUGCUUUCUGCAAAGCCUGAUCAUCCAGCAGCAUACCCAACUGAGGAUCUCCCCCAUGGUGCAGUGUAUUCCCUGGACUGCAAUCAUUCUCAUUUUGUCCUUGUGGAUGAGGAGUCCCAAAGACCCGGAGCCACUGCUGAGAUGAGAGUCAAGAUGCUUAAGCACAUCUCUGAGCAGCGCACAGGGUAUGGAGAAGGUACAGGCAGUAUAGAAAUCCCUGUUUUGUGUCUUCUGGUUCAUGGAGAGCCAAGGAUAUUACAGAGAAUGUACAAGAAUAUUCAGAAUUCUAUACCGUGGCUGAUUUUGGCUGGUUCAGGAGGAGUUGCAGACAUUUUGGUGACCCUGAUGACCAGAGGAUGCUGGGAUGCCAAUAUGGUCCAAGAGCUGUUGAUUAAUACCUUCAACAAUGGCCAACACAGCACUGAAAUCACUUCCUGCGUUAAAUUGAUCCAGAGAAUUUUGGACCAUGGUCACUUGUUGACAGUGCAUGACCCAGAGCAGGACUCAGAAGUGGACACAGUAAUUCUUAAAGCCUUGGUUAAAGCGUGUAAGAGUCAGAGUCAAGAAGCGCAGGACUUUCUGGACGAGCUGAAACUGGCUGUGGCCUGGAAUAGGGUUGACAUCGCUAAUAGUGAGAUCUUCAGUGGAGACGUGGCAUGGAGUGCACAGGACCUGGAAGAGGUGAUGAUGGAGGCAUUGAUAAACGACAAGCCUGACUUUGUGCGUCUGUUUGUGGAUAACGGAGUGAACAUGAAUGAGUUCCUAACUUAUGGCCGUCUUCAGGAACUCUACUCCUCUGUGUCUGAGAAAAGCCUCCUUCACACGCUGCUCCUAAAAAAACAACAGGAGAGACAGGUUAAUCUGGCCAGCACACGGGCGUCUGGAUACCCCAGCACUGAAUUGGGGCCUCGUUUCACCUUCCAUGAAGUCUCCAAAGUCCUAAAAGACUUUCUACAUGACAUCUGUAAGGGUUUCUACCAAAAACUUCCAGUGGAGCGGGUGGGGAAAGGCCAGAAAGACCUCCCAGACAUGAACAGAUGUUGUGAGUACCCUUGGAGAGACCUCUUCCUUUGGGCUAUCCUGCAGAAUAGGCAGGAAAUGGCAAACUACUUCUGGGCUAUGGGCCCGGAGGCAGUGGCUGCUGCUCUGGUGGGCUGUAAGAUUAUGAAGGAGAUGGCUCACAUGGCUACUGAAGCAGAGUCUGCUCGCAGUAUGAAGAAUGCCAAAUAUGAGCAGUUCGCUAUGGAUCUGUUCAGUGAGUGUUAUUCCAACAGUGAAGACAGAGCCUACUCUCUUCUUGUGAGGAAAACAUGCUGUUGGAGCAAAGCAACUGUCCUGAAUCUCGCCACUGAGGCAGAUGCCAAAUGUUUUUUUGCUCAUGAUGGGGUUCAGGCCAUGCUAACUAAAAUCUGGUGGGGUGCCAUGAGGACUGACACUUCUAUCGCCAGACUCAUGCUCACGUUCUUCAUCCCUUCCCUCAUGUGGACCCGUCUCAUCAAGUUCAAUACGGAUGAACAAGAGAGCAAAGGUGAAGGGGAGCCAUUUGCUGAGAUGGACAGUUUGGAAACAGAGCAAGCGCUGUUGCUCACAAACGAGAAUCCAGUCGCUGCUGAAGGUGGAAGUGACCCUGCAGUGCAAUGCUGCAGUGCUACCUUGUUUCGCGUCGUACUGCGGCGGUGGAACCAUUUCUGGAGCGCUCCAGUCACUGUGUUCCUGGGAAAUGUCAUCAUGUACUUUGCAUUCCUCAUUCUAUUCACUUAUGUGCUCCUCCUGGACUUCAAGCCCCCACCACCACAAGGUCCAUCUGCAGCUGAGAUCAUCCUCUAUUUCUGGGUCUUUACCUUGGUGUUGGAGGAACUUAGACAAAGCUUCUUUACGGAUGAGGACAUGAGUAUUCUGAAGAAGUUCAAGCUAUAUGUGGAGGAUAACUGGAACAAGUGUGACAUGGUGGCCAUCUCUCUCUUCGUGGUGGGGCUGUCAUGCAGGAUGGCAAAUAGCACAUAUGAGGCCGCACGAACAGUUCUCGCUUUGGACUUCAUGGUUUUCACCUUAAGGCUCAUUCACAUUUUUGCCAUCCACAAGCAACUCGGACCCAAGAUUAUCAUUGUGGAGAGAAUGAUUAAAGACGUGUUCUUCUUCCUCUUCUUCCUGACCGUGUGGCUGAUAGCAUAUGGAGUGACCACGCAGGCCCUCCUGCACCCCAAUGACCCACGCAUCGACUGGGUCUUUCGCAGAGCACUUUACCGCCCAUAUCUCCACAUAUUUGGCCAGAUUCCUCUGGAAGAAAUAGAUGCGGCCAAAAUGCUAGAUGGAAACUGCACUAAUGAUGUGGAGGAGAUUGUUGCAGGCACUCUGCCACCCUGCCCAAAUGUCUAUGCCAACUGGCUGGUCAUACUGCUGCUCGUCAUCUAUUUGCUUGUCACGAAUGUGCUGCUGCUUAACCUCCUUAUCGCCAUGUUCAGCUACACCUUCCAGGUGGUGCAGGAGAAUGCAGACAUCUUCUGGAAGUUUCAGCGCUAUAACCUUAUUGUUGAAUACCACAGCCGUCCUGCCUUGGCCCCACCCUUCAUUAUCAUCAGCCACAUCUCUCAGGCUCUCCUCAGCCUAGUCAAAAAGACAGAAGCCAAGCAGGAUCUUUUGGAGAGGGAACUGCCAGUUGGCCUGGACCAGAAGCUAAUGACAUGGGAGACGGUGCAGAAGGAGAACUACCUGGCUAAACUGGAGCGAGAGCAUAGGGAGAGCAGUGGAGAGAGACUUAGAUACACUUCCUCUAAGGUGCAGAGUUUGCUGAGGACAGUUGGGGUUUUGAAGGAGCAAGAAAAGCGCAUGGCAACAGUAGAGACUGAGGUGAGGUAUUGUGGAGAGGUGCUGUCUUGGAUGGCAGAGUGUUUCAGCAGAAGUACUCUAAAGUGUGAUAGAGAUGUGCCUAAAAUCCCACGCUCCAUUGCCAGCAGCUCCAGAAACCCUCAACCUCAGGAAGCUAAGCGACAGCAGCCAUCAGGGCAGUCAGGGUAUGGUGCAGAGAAGAAACUGCCCUACACUGAUUAGUGAUGAGACAAUAUUAAUAUGCAAAUGUUUUACAACAGAAAUUGGAUUUUUACAACAGAAUUAAGAUCAAAUAAAGUUUUGAUUUUGCAGUGCUUCCAUGUGCAUAUCAUUUUCUAAUGUUUUAGUACUUAUAUAUCACUACAUACUAAUUAUAAAGUUAUUUAUAAUGUUUACUAUACAAUCAAAUAAAUAAUAAUAUAAUAAAUUAUAAAAAUAUAUAUAUACUUUGUUAAUGCACUAAUUUUUAAUAAUAAUUUUAAUAUUUUUAAAUCUGAAUCUAUGAGCCCCCAACUUUCACCAUCAGGUUCCCUCAAUUCAAUAUAUAUAGCAGAUAUAUCGUCGUAUUCAAACUGUACGAAUGCAUCAACUGAAGUGUUUUGUCUUAUUAAUGCAGAGGACCCAAUCUAGAUUAAUUAGUGAAGGUCAAAGGAACUCUGCUGAUGUAAUAUUCAUUUCUGCACUACUUUGUGAUGGACAGGCUCGGUAUGUAUUAGAGUUGCUUUGUUUUGCAUUUGUAUGCAGGUGAAUAUUCCACUUUGUGGAUUUUAGACAUUUGUAGUUCCCAGUAUUUGAUGUUUAUUUAUUUAUGUGAGGUGCAAAAACAAUAUUACCAUAUUUGAUUUCAUAUUCAUUUUUAUAACACUUUGUAUAGUUGACAGAACAAUGAAUGGGAAUAAAAAUGGUUUAGUGGAAAACUUAUCCUGCUCAUUCAUAAGGCGAUGUGUAAGUUGUGUAUGUGUGUUUGUAUGUAAUUGCAUGUGUAUACGUGUGUAAUGUACAGUAGAUAGUGUUAGUAGGGAAUAUUACUUUUUAACCUUGAUGCACUGAUGAUAAUUUUUUCUGAAACAAGUCUUAUGUUGUCAGUCUGCCUGAUCCUCAAGUUCACAAGAUUCAUUGUGUUGAGUGAGUUGAUUUGAGGUUAAUGAGUUUACAGAUGUUAACAGAACAGGACACUUGGUAACAGGAAGUUGGUGCACCACAGGAAGUAGAUACUCGAACAGUAUGUUGUCAGAUCCACCUGUCUACUUUCACACGGCUCUGAAAACCUGGAAAUGAGCCUGUAAGUGCUGUGAACUGACACAAAUAGCGCUUCUCGCAAUAUGCAUCGUUUUAAAGCAGUUUUACAGAAAGUCAUGCUGUAAUUUUUAAGCCCUCAUUUAGCAGUUUCAUAGAAACAUUUUUGUCUUUAGGCCGCCAGUGAGCAAGCCAUUAUUUGAUGUUAGUUAGUGGAGAGCAAAAAACCUUGGGAGAAAUUAGGCAGUUCCUCUGGCUAUACAGCAUUAGCCUAAUGUGGUAUCAGUUAGCUAGGUGUACUGGGUUGAUGUUUUUGGUAGGCAACGUUUAAAACUGAAGGAUAUUGAUAGAACUGUAAGAUUAAUGAUUUAUUGUUUUUAAAGUCCAUCCUGAAUUGACUCUGGAAGUGCACGUAGAUGCAGCGGCCCCCACUGUUUGUCUGGUAAAGGUAGCAAUUCAAUGUCUAUUCCAUUUCAAGAGAAGUGAUGCAAUCUGUGGUUAGUGAAAGUGUUACUCGCUGUUUGAUUGGAUUGCAGCUGACAGCAGUUUAUUCUCUAUGGAGUCCAUCCUAUGAUCGAGAUGAUGAGAGUUGGCAGCAGUUCAUCCUCUUAAGUCCUCAUGUCUGAGCCUCUGUAAACGCAUGCUAUUCUUGUAUAUUAGAGAAAACCCAGGAAUAUUUGCAAAAUCUUACACGAGCAAUGAACACUUUAAUUUUGUAAUCUUUAUUGCUUUAGUAGACCUUCAUUUAGCUCCUUCAGCCUCAGCCUCUGAUACCACUCUACCAUAUAAUUAUGUUCCUGUAACGCCUGAGACUCUAGGAGUUUAGUGACUUAGUUUGAAGUUUUGUGUUUACCUUCUUGUGUCUCUGUUCCUGGUUCCUGCCCUGAUUGUUCCCAGCUGUUUCACGUUUACCUUGUUUGCCCCAGUGUAUAUAAUGUCCUUGUGUUUGCUCAGUCUUUGUCAGUUGUUGUUCCUAUUACCCUUCAUGGAUGUGACGUUUGUUUUGUUCCCAAGUUUUGUUUUUGUUUUGUUCCUGUGUUUUCCAAAUGUAUCUGGACUAGUUUUCUUAUUAAAUAAAGCUGUGCUUAGAUCCUGCUCUCUUGACUUCCUCCAGCAAUCAUUAUAGAACAACUGACCACGCAACUAUCGAUCUAGCGGCUUUGUAACUGCUGUCUCUCAAACAGGGAGACUUAAUCAUCAAGCAGUAUACUGAGCGUUUCUGCAGUCUUGCCCAGGAUUUUAAUUGGGGAGAUAUUUGUCUCAAGGACAUCUACUGUUUUGGCUCAAUGAGCCGGUGAA